AUCAUCUUGCUGCUGCUGCCGGCUUCGCAAUGCGUACCUCCCCGUGGAUUGUCGUGCUUGCUCUUCUCGCGCAAGCUUCUGCUAGAGUCUCGAAAGGUCUGAAAGAAGAUGUUAAAAAAAGAAGCAACUUUGAUUCAGUGGAUGCCACAAAAGAAUACACUCUGGAAGCGCUGGUGGCAGAUGCCAAUUACACAGAAACCGAAAUCUAUCUGUCGAAUAUAAAGGAAGAGAGCACCACGAAUUCUGGAGUUGAUCCAACAACUGCGAAACCGAUCAGUCACAACGGAACGGAUGACAACGGAAGAAUAUUGGGAGGAACACUCCUUACGGCUGGUACAUUCGUGCUGCCGCUCACAGCUUAUGUUUUCGUUCAAUCCACGAAUGCUGUUGGGACUGUUAUCCAGGAUUGCGGUGGUGUAAUUUUGUCCACCGUUUGGGUGUUGACGGCCGCUCAUUGCGUCGCGCUGGCCACAGAUGUUACUGUCUUUGCUGGGACAAUUGCGGAUCCGGUGAAUACGGCCACGCCCACGACACAAAGUACAGCCAUGGCAAUAAUUCAUCCCAGUUUUAGACAGAACUGCUUAUUAAAUGACAUCGCUCUGCUUAGUUUAGACACAGCGCUUACAUUUAGUGCAACUGUCGGGAAAGCUUCUCUGUCGCUCGUCAGACCCACCAUUGCGUUGGACAAUUUUAUUUUUACGACACUGGGAUUCGGUCCUGCUACGGAUGCACCUUUCGCGAGCAUUGGGUCAACACUGAAUGUUGUCGAUAUGCAGAAUAUGAAUAGAGUAACGUGCAACCAACAGACAGCACCAAUUUACGUGUUGUACCCUGGAAACACGGGAUGUUUGAAAACCGCUGGCGGAACUAAAGGAAUCUGCAAUGCUGACCCUGGCGGACCUGUUUUUUACGAAUCUCCAACUGAUGACUUCGGGAAAGUUAUUGGCAUCAACUCUCAAAUCUUGGGCUGCCCACGUCAACAACCCAGCUCAUUCACCUGGAUUUAUCCCUACAUUCCCUGGAUCCAUUCCAAGACUUUUAUAAAUUUUAUGUAAUGCUGCGUAAAUCAUCGUUAUUUAUUGUUGGUAUUGGAAGGUGCGACCCAAAUAAAUAAUUUUUAAUUCAAAUG